GAAUGAUUUACGAUUGAUGACGUAAGAUACGAUAUUAAGUCCGAGUUAUCAUGGCGGAGAUGACUUACAACUGUACCUGACAUAUUACCAAGGUUUAUGGCCAACUUGGGAACAGAUUUGAAGUACUUGAGAGAUGAUCAGCCAGCGCCUGCCCUUGUCUUAGUUCCAUUCCUCGAUUGCCUUCAAUCCAGGCCAUCCCAAACCCAAGUUCUCCCUCCUUUUAGAACCACCAACCAACAUCAAUCUUGAGGAAGCCGGCCACGGAAACCUUGAGUUUGCCCAUUUCGAGAGUCAAGUACUCAAGUACUUGAAUAGUAAUCAGGUGCGGGAAGUCGCUAAAAUUAGGUAGAUAGGCACCAGAUCUGACUCUCAUCUACAACUCUCAACCUUCAUCCCACAUACCUACCUCGCAAGUAGCCUACCUACCUACCUACCUACAAUAUCAAUUCCAACCCACCAUAACAAAAUCACUCUCCAAUCAACCAAACCCCAUGACCACCCCAACCCGGCAUCCCUACCACGGCUCCUGCCACUGCGGGCACACCCGGUACAUCAGCUACCUAACGCUCCCACCGCCCCUCACAACCGCGACCCCCCCAUCCUCGCGCUCCACCCUCCGAAUCCGGAAAUGCAACUGUACGACGUGUCACAAGAUGUCAAUUUUCCACGUCCGACUCAUGGACUCCCCUUCUGAUUUCCUACUUCUCAAUCCUCUCGACCCAAGCUCUGCCAAUAGCGGGCUUACCGAUUACGUAUGUUCUGGCGAGGGCAAAAAAUUGCAUUUUUAUUUCUGUGGGAUAUGCGGUGUGAGAUGUUUUGCGUUCUGGGGAAAGGGCGUUAGGAGAAAUGUGGAAAUUGAGGGAGGGAUGAGAGAGGUGUGGACCCCGGAUCCGGAGGGUUGGAUUGAGGGCGCGGAGGAAGGAACGGGCUAUUUGAGUGUGAAUGCGGCGACCCUGGAUGCGGGACAGGAAGGGCUUGAUUUGAAGGAGUGGAUGGAAAAAGGCUGGAUUGCGUAUUUGGAUGGGAAGAAUGAUUUUAGGGGUGCGCCGAGACUGGGGGUGCCGUAUGAGGGGGGGAUGUAUUGA